UAAAGUAUGCACAUUUGAGUUUAUAGUUACCUAUUCAAUUCACUUAAAUGGAUUGCAUUACUUCUAAUAUAUAACUAUAAGAAAAAGUACAUUUUUCAAAAAAGACUCAUUAAGGCUCAGUGAAACUGUUUUAGCAAAGAACAUUUUAUAACCUCUCAGAUAAUCUUAAGCUAAACCAAUUAAAUCCAAAAUAAAAGCCUUCAAAGUCACUUAGCUCAUAAGCAGAAUAAUACAGAAUCUUUAGAAAUGUCUACUAAACAUGUAUGUCAUAAUUUCAUUAAAAAAUUGUAAGACUUUUCUGCUAUAGGUAGACGCUCAUAGAACGUAAAAUAAGCAUUGUAAGUGCAUACAUUCCUGUUGGGCAAAUGCAUAUUUUUUGGACAAAUGUAUAUUUAGCCAAGAAUUAUCAUUUAAUAUAUUAUAGUAUGUUCAUUCCACUUUGUCUCACACACCAGUAAGAAACCUACAAGUAGUGAUUAAUUAAAGAUAUGAGGGGAGAAUAUGGCUCAGUGGUACAAUGGCAAGAGUGAAACCUUGAGUUUGAUCCCCAGGACCACAAAAACAAAAACCCUCAAGAAAAUAGAAGUGGAGAAACCAGACAAUCAAUGUAAAUUAAAACAAUCCACACAGAAUAGCAUUUGCUAGAACUGUAAUGGGUGCAAUAACUUCUUAGGACUCUGAGCGCCGCUGUUCACCUACUAGGAGAGAAACACAUAGCUCGGUCCGGAUUCUCAGGACUCCAACUGCACAAAGCCCCACAGUUCCUAAAAAUCCUCUACUGGGCAGCAACGAAACUCACUCUGGAAUACAGUGUAAGGUGCGCGCUACGGAGAAUCCCUACAGCCACAGAAGAAAAAAAAGGAACAGUUGAAAACGUACGUGUCCGGGAUUUGGGAAGAAUUCCGUCAUCAGACAACAAUGGCCUCUCAAAGGAAUCUCCGCUACCGCACCAAGCUGGUCAUCCUGUGGCUUUUCCUGCGGAUGCCCGGGGAAUGCGGAGCCCGGCAGAUCCACUACUCCGUUCCUGAGGAGCUAGAGAAAGGCUCUUUCGUGGGUAACAUCUCUAAGGACUUAGGGCUGGAGCCCCGGGAACUGACCGAGCGCGGAGUCCGCAUCGUCUCCCGAGGUAGGACGCAGCUUUUCUCUCUGAAUCCGCGCAGCGGCAGCUUGGUCACCGCGGGCAGGAUAGACCGGGAGGAGCUGUGCGCCCAGAGCGCGCGGUGUCUGGUGAGUUUUAACAUCCUUGUGGAAGACAGGGUGAAACUUUUCGGGAUAGAAAUAGAAGUAACUGAUAUCAACGACAAUGCCCCCAAAUUCCAAGCAGAAAAUCUAGACGUAAAAAUCAAUGAAAACGUCGCUCCAGGAAUGCGUUUUCCUCUCCCGGAAGCCAUUGAUCCGGAUGUGGGCUUGAACUCCCUACAGAGCUACCAGCUCAGCCCCAAUAAGCACUUCUCCUUAGGCGUUCAGAGCCGUGCCAGUGGCGUCAAGCACCCGGAGCUGGUGCUGGAGCGUGCUCUGGAUCGCGAGGAAGAGGCUGUUCACCACUUGGUUCUUACCGCCACUGACGGGGGUGUCCCUCUCAGAUCCGGCACUGUCCUCAUCACUGUGACUGUCUUUGAUACAAAUGACAACGCGCCCGUCUUCACCUCGCCUGAAUACCGAGUGAAUGUUCCAGAGAACUUACCUGUAGGCACUCAACUGCUAACAGUUACCGCCACUGACAAGGACGAAGGGGCUAAUGGAGAAGUGACAUAUUCGUUCCGAAAAUUACCUGACACGCAAUUGUUGAAAUUCCAACUGAACACCAAAACUGGGGAAAUAAAAAUAGCCGACCAUCUAGAUUAUGAAGAAACAGAUUACUAUGAAAUAGAAAUACAAGCAGAAGAUGGAGGAGCAUAUCUUGCAACUACAAAAGUGCUGAUUACAGUAGAAGAUGUAAAUGACAACAGUCCAGAGGUGAGCAUCACAUCUCUGUUUAGUCCAGUGACAGAAGAUUCACCCUUGGGAACUGUCAUAGCUCUUUUAAAUGUGCACGAUUUAGACUCUGGUAAGAAUGGAGAAAUAACCUGUUCCAUCCCAGAGGAUCUACCAUUUAAGUUAGAAAAGUCCAUAGACAACUAUUAUAGAGUAGUGACACACAGAAUCCUUGACAGAGAACAAGUAUCCUCUUACAACAUCACAGUAACAGCCAAAGAUGGUGGAAGUCCACCCCUAUCAAUGGAAACUCACUUUAUCCUGCAAGUGGCGGACAUCAAUGACAACCCACCCACCUUCUCUCAAAUCUCCUACUUUACCUAUAUCCCAGAGAACAAUCCCAGGGGCGCAUCCAUCUUCUCAGUGACAGCUCAGGAUCCAGACAGCAAAGAGAAUGCCCAGGUCAUUUACUCUCUGGCUGAAGACACCAUCCAAGGGGUACCACUAUCCUCCUAUGUAUCUAUCAACUCCGACACUGGCAUCCUGUAUGCGCUCCAAUCCUUCGACUAUGAGCAGUUUCGUGAACUGCACCUACAGGUGAUUGCCGGCGACAGCGGGAACCCUCCACUCAGCAGCAAUGCAUCACUGAGCCUGUUUGUGCUGGAUCAAAACGACAACACUCCAGAGAUCCUGUACCCCACCUUCCCCACUGAUGGGUCUACUGGGGUAGAGCUGGCGCCCCGCUCUGCAGAACCUGGAUACCUGGUGACCAAGGUGGUGGCAGUGGAUAAAGACUCAGGACAGAAUGCCUGGCUGUCCUACCGCCUGCUCAAGGCCAGUGAGCCAGGACUUUUCUCAGUGGGGCUGCACACAGGGGAGGUGCGAACUGCAAGGACCCUGUUGGACAGAGAUGCCUUCAAGCAGAGCCUCGUGGUGGCUGUGCAGGACCAUGGCCAGCCUCCUCUCUCAGCAACUGUGACACUCACCGUAGCAGUCGCUGACAGCAUCCCUGAAAUUCUGGCGGACUUAGGCAACCUGGAACCUGUUCAGGAAUCCAGCACCUCCAGCCUCACUCUCUACCUGGUGGUGGCUGUGGCUGCUGUCUCCUGUGUCUUUUUGGCCUUUGUUAUCGUGUUAGUGGCAUUUAAACUGCGGCGCUGGCAUAAGUCUCAUAAGCUCCAGGCUUCUGGAGAAGGAUUGGCAGGCGUACCUGCCUCCCACUUUGUUGGCGUGGAUGGGGUUCGUGCCUUCCUACAGACCUACUCCCACGAGGUCUCCCUCACUGCGGAUUCGAGAAAGAGCCACCUGAUCUUCCCACAACC